UUUCACCCAUUCUCCGCUCCCCUCUCCUCCAGGUCCUGCAGCCAGACUUCAGGUUGGACUACUGCCGGCUGUGGCAGGCUCUGAUUAAAAAUGAAAUGUCUGGGGUGGAGCGUUACAGCCGCAGACUGGGAGCUGGAGAUCUGUACCCGCUGUUUGCCUGUGUUCUCACCGCUCGCUCCUGGACCGCCGUCAAUGCCGGCAUCAGUUCUGUGCCUGUCACACACUCUGAGGACGUUGAGAUACGAACCAAUGCAGCUUUAUACCUGCCCCAGAUAAGCACGCUGUUGAACCGAGUGCCACGGCAGAUGCUGUUGCUGCUGAAGACCAACGACCUGCUGAGGGGGAUUGAGACCACCUUACAGACCAGAGCCUCCUCCUCAUCUUUCAUCAACAUGUCCCGCUGCUGCAUACACGCCAUGGCCAGGUACAAGAGGAGUAAGGCUCAGUCCAGGUGGAGGGUACUGCAGAUCACGCUGGCAGAGUCUCUCAACCUGUGGAGACUCAAUAUGUAUGAACUGUUUCUGUGGACGAAAGGCUCCAUGUUGGUACAGUGGCUCACUGCUCUGCUGGCAUUUCUGCACUGAGACUCAUCUGGACAUCACACUGGAACAUUAACAACAGGCCGAACCGCUGGCUCUC